AUGAGAACUUGGUAUCUUCGCCAAAAUAUGAAGUCCUACUUUGCUUUUUUCUUAGUAUUCUCUCUUCUCCUGGUUGUUAACCUUAGCUAUGCAAGAAAAGACAUGGGAGACUAUUGGAAGAACAUGAUGAAUGGCCAACCUAUGCCGGAAGUAAUCAAAGACCUUCUUGCUCAAGAUCCACAAGUAUCAGAUGCAGUGAAGGAUCAUUUUAUUCGGGACUUUGAUAUACGGCCAAAUGUCAUACUAUAUCACACACAUGUUGUGUCCAACAAGCAGAAACAGAAGCAGCAAACCAUGGCCAAGAAAAUAGAACCAGAGUUUCAAGGAACAGGAAGACAUGGUUGA